AUGUAUUGCUCGGAGAGGAAAGUCUUCGGUCAUGUCCUGCGUCUGCUGGCAGUGGGGAGUCUGAUGCUGUGCGCCACGGUGGUUUUGAAAUAUACCUCCUGGGAGUGCCGGUUUAAUGAUCUGGGGAAGGACACUGAAGACCCGCAGACUCAACUGUGCAAGGAUCAGCUCUACCAGUCUCUGAGACUCUCUCCCAAGAACGAGAUCAGCUGCUCCCGGAUCACCAGAGGCGAUGCCAGCAUGGUCCGGGAGGCGCUCCUGUGGAGGCUGCAAAAGAAGAGCCAGAAGGUCUCCUUGAGCGAGAGAGAUUACCUGAACAUGACCCAGAACUGCAGGCUCUUCAAAGAGAGCAGGAGGUACAUCCAAUUCCCGCUGAGCAACGAGGAAGAAGACUUCCCCAUUGCUUAUUCCAUGGUGAUCCACAAUCAGAUCGAAAUGUUUGAGAAGUUGUUGCGGUCCAUCUACGCCCCUCAGAAUGCCUACUGCAUCCACGUAGACGAGAAGUCCUCCAAACCUUUCAAAGAGGCGGUGCGAGGCAUUGCCUCCUGCUUUGACAAUGUCUUUGUCGCAUCUAAGCUGGAAUCAGUGGUGUAUGCCUCGUGGUCCAGGGUUCAAGCCGACCUGAACUGCAUGGAAGACCUCCUGAAGAGCAAAGUUCAGUGGAAGUACCUCCUGAACACCUGUGGGACCGAUUUCCCCAUCAAGACCAACGCGGAGAUCGUCCGCGUCCUGAAAGCAUUGAACCAACAGAACAAUAUGGAAUCAGAGAGACCGUCUUCCGCUAAAGCACAACGCUGGAAAUACCACCACGAAGUGAAGGAUUCCGUGUCUCGGACCGAUACCGUGAAGAGCCCCCCUCCGCAUGGAUCCCCCAUGUUCACCGGCAAUGCUUAUAUCGUGGUCACAAGGGAGUUCGUUCAACACCUUUUCAAAGACCCAACGGUGAAACAGUUCCUAGAGUGGAACAAGGACACUUACAGUCCAGACGAACAUCUCUGGGCCACUCUGCAUCGGAUGCCCGGAGUGCCAGGAUCCAUGCCCAGCAACGAUAAAUAUGACCUCACGGACAUGAACGCCAUUGCAAGGGUUGUGAAGUGGUCUUACUUAGAGGGGGAUGUCCACAAAGGGGCUCCAUACCCCCCUUGCACGGGUGUCUCCCGGCGGGCGGUGUGCAUCUACGGAGCGGGUGACCUCCACUGGAUGCUCUCUCAGCAUCACCUCCUAGCCAACAAAUUUGAUCCCUCGGUGGAUGAAUACGCCAUACAGUGUCUGGAGGAGUACCUGCGGUACAAAGCAAUAUAUGGGAAGGCGCUCUGA